GUGUGUGUGUGUGUGUGUGAUUCUUAAAAAUGACCAUUACAUAAAAUGUAGUGUUACUCUGUGUGUGUGUGUGUGUGUGUGUGUGUGUGUGUGUGUGUGUGUGUGUGUGUGUGUGUGUGUGUAAGACAAAAGAGCAGCCAGUAAAAUAUUCUUUAGGAUCAGGAGCAAAUUAAAUAACAUGAUAAAGACGUUUGAUUUGUGAUUUUUUAGACUGUAUAAAGAUUGUGUUGUUUUUUAAUUUAAUAUUUGUUUAAAAUAGUUUAUGAGUUUUCCCCCAGAAUGUUUCGGCUUAAGCACCCGUUUGUAAUAAUAAAGAUAAGAAGUAACGCCUGCUUCUUGUUGUCAUUGGCCACCGUGUGGUCACACACUGAAUUACACUUGACUGUUACACAGACACUAGACAGAUGUGACUGCACCCUGUUGACACAUGUGUAGUGCAGGAGCAGGAGUACUGCACUACACAUCAGGACAUUGCUUUAUUAUGGUUAGUUAUGGUGUCAUUAGUCUGCUUCACCCAUGGACAGACACUCAGUUGAAAUGUUUCAUGCUGACGAUCAUUUAUUUAACGACAGUUUCUCUGUAAAUAAAACAUUUUUGAGAGCAUGUGUGAAGGUGACGGAUCUCCCUCAGGUUCUUCCCCACACCAUGAGGAACAUUACCUCUAACACACCCCCCGCUGUGCUCCCGCUGCUCUGGGGUCAUGAUCUCGAGCGAUUCUCAUCUCAGUGGGAGCUGGUGCUUGGCUCUGACAUCGUCUACAUCCCUGAGAUGUUUCCUCUGCUCCUCCACACUCUGCUCCAUCUGCACAGAGAACGUGGCACACACGACUUCUACCACACGCUUCUGACCCAGAGGUUCCAUGUUAAACUCGUGCACAGAGACGAUAAUAAAAAUAUUAACAUUUGC